AUUAAAACAUUUUUGAAUAUAAUUUCGUGACAUUUGAUACAAUAUGAACAUAAUGUGAAAUCACACGCGUACACAAAAUUUAAUUUUUGAAGAAAAUAAAUCUUAAUAUAUAUUUUUUUUAUUUAUUUAUUUUGUUUCCUCAUUAUAUUUGUGUAUAUUGUUUGUGUCACAACAACGCAUGCGCGUAACCAGGUAUGAAACAACUUGUCAUGUAUGAGAACUCUCCCCUGGACACACGUGUGGGAAGACGAAAUGUGAAAAGUGUGAAUCCGUUUCAUAGACGCCUGUGGGCAUCUUUUCAAGCGUGUGGCAAGGGAAAUAACGAGCAACAUUCACCUCUAAUUAUGUAUUUCCUGGACUUUCCACAUUUCCAAAAGUAAUUCAGAGCAUUUCAUGGAUCUGACAAUUUGGGAAAAGUCACGAAGUGGUGUAGUUCAUUCUUUUUGAAUAACAGCGACUGAUAAACAGAGAACAAAAACAGAAGAGAGGUGCUAUUAGUCAGAUUGUGACACAUGGUUCUCACAUGGCCAGGAUAAAGACAGAGUCAGCGAGGGAGUUUCCCUCAGCCAUUGAAGAGCAACGGUUGGAAGGAAUAAUGCCAACGCGAACAUCCACAAAGAAGAGAUUCGUUGCCAAAGGAGUUGAAAUCUCGCUGUCGUUCUGAAGAUGCAGGGUGACCCUGUCUACGACUAUCCUGAAGCUCGGCCCUUGGGGGAGAGACGGACAUGUCCACAGAGAGGAUCCCUGAGGAGCAUCAGUGUACUGGACCGGCUCUUGUUGACGCACCCUGUGUGGCUCCAGCUUUCCAUUAACUCGGCUACAGCUCUUCACAUCCUGCGGUGUGAGCCCCCUGGGACCUUCCUGGUGCGUAAGUCCAGUACAUCGCAGAAAAAAAUGUUGUGCGUCCGGCUGGCAGACGACAGCAUGCCAUCCUUCUUCAAACAGGUCAUCAUCCGAGAAGAAGACUCAGCCUUCUCUUUGGAAAGCUCUGCUAUUAGUUUCCCAGACCUGUGCAGACUCGUUGCCUUCUACUGUGUUAGUCGGGAUGUUCUUCCUUUCACUCUGGAGCUGCCUGAAGCCAUUGCCAAGGCUUCUUCACACAAACAGUUGGAGUCAAUCUCUCAUAUGGGUGUGGAGUUCUGGAGUUCCCACUUAAAUGUGCGGGGUCCUCGCAAUGAACCUUCUGCCACUGACAAACUCUUGCCUCCUAUUCCAAGCCCACAAGACUGCUUAACGCCCGUCAACCCAAACCCCACUCCGUUCCAGGAGCUAUGUCCAAUCCAAACACGGAGUCCCUGCGAGCUAGAUUACGGGGGAGGCAAAGGUUUAUGUUUUGUCAACCCUCUUUUCCUACAAGACUACCCAGGUCGCAACGCCAUGCACAGGCGUCAUAAUUUCAAAAGCAGCAUCAAGGUUCGUGUCUCCACUGAAAAUUCCAGCCCCUUGUCGCCCCCUGUCCUCCCACCACCUCCACCGCCGUUACUGGCUAAAGCCAAAUGCAAAGCCAGAUUGAAAGCUGCAAAGCAGAUGACCCCACCUGAUGCAGUUCAGGCCAGUGAGGAAGCUAUCAAAAAGACUGUGGAGGAAGUCACGGACUACAUGCAACCUUGUGUAUCAUUACAGAAGAAAGCCAAGGUCACCUCUACUCUUUCUCCCACCGCUGAAGAAGAUGACUAUCAGAUGCCUAAAGUUCUUCAGAAGGCCCAGGCAAAAAUCCUGGAGCAGAAAGGACAGGAAGAAGAUGAGGAGGAAGCAGAAGAGGAGGAAGGACUUGUGCUGGAACAGCGACAUGCUCCGUCUCUCAGUGAGCUGGACAGCAGCAGUUCCCUCAGCAGUCUCGACGAGACGGAGGAAAGUCCCGAACGUCCUCCUCUCAUACGAGGCACUAGCAACCCUGUCAUGCCACCUCCCAGGAAGUCCAUGUCUGCUCUGCGCAAAAUGAGCGCUGCCUUCAUAUCCUUUUUUGCCCCAGAGAAGCGAGUGGCGCGGAUGGUGGAGGACCUGUCUCGAGACCGUCGCAUGGCAUUUGGCGCUCUGGUUCAGGACUUCCUGAGGCAGCAGAGAGAGGCGCUGAAGCCCCAUUGCUUGACCUCUGCUGUGCAGCUGCUGCAGGAUUUGCGUCUCUUCAUCAGUCAGGCCAAAGCUUUCCUUCUGGAAUGUGGAGAGCUGGAACCUCCAAUAGAAACUCUUUUGACUGAGAAUGAGAAAGACCAAGCACUGGAGAAGGCCAUGUUCCGCUGUGUGCUGAAGCCUCUGAAGCCUCAGAUUGAUGCAGCUCUUCGGACCCUGCACAAACAAGAUGGUUCCUUCCAAAGAAUGAUGGACAGCUUGCAAAGAGCCAAAGGAGCCUCACCACAGAAGCUAUUUGGGGUUCAGGUGGGCGUUCCUGACGCCCAGGGCAUUGAGAAAAUUAAGCACAAGCUGACUCUAAUGCAGCGGGCGUACUCGCCCAUUGACAAAGUGCUGCUGCUCUUGCAGAUCUGCAAACUUAUUUACAAAUCUAUGAAAAAUAAAUCAGGGCAGGAAUUUGGUGCAGAUGACUUCCUCCCUGCUCUCUCAUAUGUGAUGGUGCUGUGCAAUAUGCCAGAGAUCUCUCUGGAGGUGGAGUAUAUGAUGGAGCUUUUGGAAAGCUCUUGGCUUACAGGAGAAGGGGGUUACUAUCUGACAAGUGUCUAUGCCAGUCUGAGUCUGAUUCAGAGUCAGCCGGAGGAUGUGCCACCAAACUGCCUUACAAACCAGGCCAGAGAGUCUCUGAAAGAAUGGAGCCGGCGUCGGAGCAACGAAACCACAAGUCAGAAAGACAACAAAUUGCACCAGAGGUUUAUAAAGGUGCUGUUUCAAGAUGGCGACAGUAGCUUGGUAAAAACUCUCAUGUGGAAGACUGCUCUCAACGGUGAGGCUAUGGCUCAGCUCUGUGCUGUGAAGUUUGGAGUGGACCGGCCGGAGGAUUACAGCCUGUACUGGAGGAGAGAUGGGGUGUUAAUGCCUCUCCCGCCUAACGCCCAGAUUCAAGACCUGCAGAGCAUGAGCGUGAGUGGGGUUCCUCUUAUUUACCAGGCGUCCAGUCAGGAUGAAAGGUCCCAGAAGCUGAACAGAGGGAGCGCGGUGGACCUAACAGAGGCGGCUUCAUAAUAUGGGACUUUUUCAGAUGUCACAUAUGUAGGUCAAAGCAAUUCUGCAUUUUAUGCAGCAUGCCUCAUUUCUCAAAGAAAGGCUGAUGAAAUAAUAAUAAUAUCCUUGUAAUGGAGCUCAGUAACCAUUUGAGGUGUUUUCCACUGAAUCUAUUUAAUGUUGACUGUACGAUUAGAUUACACCUCUAAUAAAUAAAGGCUGUGUUUUGGCAUCAUGGAAACUUUCCAUUACACAAUAUGUAAGAAGGUUCUUUAGUUUAUGAAAAUGUUGUUUACACACUAAGAAAAAAAGUUUUUGUUUUUUUUAGGAACUGUUCACCAAAAAGUUCUUUGUGGAACCGAGAAUUAUUUUAUUGUAUUGCUGCAAGCCCCCCUUUUAGAACCUUUAUUUAAGUUUGUAGAUUUUUGUAAGAUGCUAAACCAGCCUGUUUAUUCUCCAUUGCUGGUAAUUAUUGAUUGUGUUUAGCUGGUGUUGUGUGAUAUUUCAUUGGGCUAAAUUAUUAAGCAUUUGCUUGUGUUAUAUUAUGUGUAAUAUCUUAAUAUAAUCUUAUAGGUUGGUUAUCAAUGACUGGAUUCAUUACUCCAACUGAUUUUUUUUUUUUUUUUCAUUUUAGUCUUUUCUAAUGUAAAAUGUAUGAGUAAUUAACCAAUUAUGGAAAUAUCUAAUUUAUGAGAUGG